AUGGACGAAAACGAAGACCAGUAUCGAUGGGAGACUGGUUAUGAACGUACCUGGGAAGUAAUACAAGAAGAUGAAAGUGGCUCGAUCAGUGCGACCGUCAAUGCAAUCAAUCAGAAAAAUAGACGAAAUGAAUUAGCACAAAUUCCAAAUGUUCGACUUGGCAUGAUGCGGCAUCUUUAUGUGGUCUUGGAUAUGUCAGAAGCUAUGAAAGAUCAAGAUCUUCGACCAACUCGUUUAUUUUGUGCUAUUGAGCUUCUAAAAGAAUUUGUGUCCAUGUAUUUUGAUUCAAAUCCGAUUAGUCAAAUUGGCAUUUUAGUGACGAAAAAGAAGCGCGUUGAAAAAAUAUCGGAACUAGCAGGAAAUCCACGGUCACAUAUUAAUCUUCUCGAACAAUUGAGAUAUCAAGACUGUGAAGGUGAAUCAUCUAUACAAAAUGCUUUAGAAUUAGGUUUACAAACAUUAAAGCAUAUGCCAAAGUAUUCCAGUCGUGAAAUGCUUUUUGUCUUGGGUAGUUUAACAACUUGCGAUCCUGGAAAUAUUUCUCAAACAAUCAAAUUAUGUAAAGAGAAUGAAAUACGUUGUUCUGUUAUUAGUUUAUCUGCCGAAGUAAGAAUAUUUCGUAAACUUUGUACUGAUACGAAAGGUUUAUACCAUGUAAUUAUGGAUUCAACACAUUUUCAAGAAUUAUUACAAAUUCAUUCUCGUCCAUUACCCGCCUUAACAAAAUUUGAAUCAUCUCUAGUUCGAAUGGGUUUUCCAAAAUACCGCGUUUGUUCAUCAGAAAGUCAAACUGGGAACAGUCCAACAACGACAACAUCAUUAACAAAUAAGCAAGAAAAAGCGUCAAUGUGUAUGUGUCAUUUAGAGCAACGAGAUGGUUCGACAGGUUUUUCCAUUAGCGGUUAUUUUUGUCCUACGUGUGAAAGCAAAUAUUGUGAAUUACCAACGGAAUGUUCAGUUUGUCAUUUGACGCUUGUAUCAGCACCACAUUUAGCUCGUUCAUAUCAUUUUCUUUUUUUUGUUGAACAAUUUAUUGAAAUUCCACGGAACUCAUCAACGAUUAGUAAUGGUAAUGCUCAUGAACAUAAUCAAGAUGAAACAAAUCAUACUGUUAAUGGAGGAGGUAGUGGGAUCGGUUUGGAAAUCACAAGACAACUUGGUUUGCAUGGAUGUAAAGUCGCUGUUAUGGGUAGACGUGCAGAUGUAUUAAAAUCAGCUGUUGAUUCUUUAUCUUCGGAAGGAAUUACAGCCAUCGCUACUCCUGGUGAUGUGCGAUCUAAUGAUGAUGCCGUUCGAGCUGUUCAACAGACAGUAGAAAAAUAUGGACAGUUAGAUAUAUUAGUCAAUAGUGCGGCUGGAAAUUUUUUAUCAGCCGCUGAAGAUUUAUCGCCUAAAGGAUUUCGAACGGUAAUGGAAAUCGAUGCCAUUGGCGUUUUUACAAUGUGUCAUGCGACAUUCAGCGAACUACGCAAGAGCAAUAAUGCUAAUAUUAUUAAUAUCAGUGCUAAUCUACAAUAUCCUGCAACCUGGUAUCAAGUGCAUGCAAGCGCAGCGAAAGCGGCUAUCGACAGUAUUACUCGAUCAUUAGCAUUGGAAUGGGGUGAAUAUAAAAUACGAGUAAAUGGAAUAGUUCCAGGUCUAAUCAGUGGUACACCCGGUUUCACCAAAUUGGGUGGUGAUAUAUUAGAUACAAAUUUAUUAACAGAAACAAGUCCACUAGGAAGACCGGGAGAGAAACAUGAAGUAGCAAUGGGAGUUGUCUAUCUGUGCUCUACUGCAGGUUCAUUUAUCACUGGUCAUAUAAUGUUCAUCGACGGAGGAAACUGGCUUAUGAAACCAAAGUUGGCUGCUCGUGAUGUGAUCAAAGCGUUUUCUAGAAAUGUUGAGAAAAAAAGUCGACAAGAAGGCCUACCCGAUACAUAUGUAAAGUGUAAACUGUAA